AUGCCCACCACCGCCGCCGCCGCCGCAACUUCGACCUGCCACCAAAAACUCUACGAAAUACCUACGCACGACGCCGCCUGCGCCAUGCCCAUGAACAGCACGUACCACUCUCUAAUGACAAACUGCUGCGGCGCUGCAUCCGUAACCGCCUACGACGAGUGCGACUACUACUGUCUCGCGCAGGGCCAGACCGUGGGUGAUCUCGCCGAGUGUUUGAUUAAGGGCUCGGCGGCCGGCCAGGUAUGGUGUAAUGCGGCGGCGAAUGGGACGGCUAGUGCUAGUGCCAGUGCAACUGCAACUGCAACUACAACCAAGACCGAGACUGAGACCGAGACUGGGACUGGGACUGGAGUGAAUGGGGCUGGGGUUGUGAGUGUCAAGUCUGUUGGGGUUUUGGCGCUUUUGGCGUUUGCGGGGGUUGUUGUUUGA